UAAAAACAGAUUGUAAACAAGUAAAUGACUGGAAAAAGAACAUAGAAUGUAUUGACUGCCUUUGAAUACAAAAACAAAACUUUACAAUGGAGUCUGAGAAAACACCAUUACUGUCUGCUGAUAGCAACUCUCAUACGUAUGUAAAUAUUGAUCAAAACAGUCAAUCCGUAAAAGAGACAAUCUAUGUAGAUAACGAUUUAUACCAACCAUAUGAUGGAACUCAACCACCCAAAAAUAUGCGUGAAACUUACCUUAAGCAGCCAAGGGCCAGUGUUGUUGACCCUGUAGACCCAAUAACACUUUCUUGGAAAGAUGUCAAUGUGUACUCUAUACCUGAAGACAAGAAAUGUUGUCGUGGAAAUAAUUCUGCAGCUAUACCAAAGCGUAUUCUUAGGAAUGUAAAUGGAAUUUUGAAACCAGGAACGUUGAUGGCUUGUAUGGGUGCAAGUGGUGCUGGAAAGUCAACACUAAUGAACAUCUUAACAUUCAGGAAUUGUGGGAAGCUUGUUGUACAAGGGGAUGUGAGGGUCAAUGGGAUAGAAAUUGGACGAAGUAUCAGGAAUGUCUCAGCAUAUGUCCAACAAGAUGAUUUAUUUAUAGGUGCCUUAACAGUCAGGGAACACUUACAGUUCAGGGCCAUUUUAAGGAUGGACAGAAGAAUAAGGAAAAGUAAAAGAUUAGAAAGAGUGGAGGAAGUUAUACAUGAGCUUGGUUUGUCAAAGUGUGCUAACACAUUGAUUGGUACUCCAGGAAGGAUAAAAGGUAUAUCAGGUGGGGAAAUGAAGAGACUCUCAUUUGCUUCAGAGAUACUAACAAACCCACCAUUAUUAUUUUGUGAUGAGCCUACCUCGGGAUUAGAUUCCUAUAUGGCCAUGAAUAUUGUAGAUAUGUUAAAAAAACUGGUAUCCAAAGGCCAUACAAUAUUGUGUACCAUACAUCAGCCUUCUUCAGAGGUCUACGAUAUGUUUGAUCAGUUAUUAUUGCUAGCCGAGGGAAGAACAGCUUAUAUGGGACCUGCCAAAGAAGGCUUAGAUUUCUUUAAGGAGCAAGGUUACCCAUGUCCGGUGAACUACAAUCCUGCGGACUACUUCAUUAUGACACUGGCCAUAUUACCUGAUCAACUAGAUGUAUGUAGGAAGAGAGUAGAGAAAAUUUGUGAUGCAUUUUCCAAAAGUAAACAUGCAGUUGAGUUAACCAAGGAAACAGAUAUUGUUUGCAAUGGCACCAAUCCUGUUACCACGGCAAGUUUGGUUGUAGACCGGGAAUCAAGCUAUGGGGCAAAUUGGUUCCAACAGUUUGGAAGCUUAACAUGGAGAGCCUGGGCACAGAAUGUCAGAGAUCCAUUGAUUCUGAAAGUCAAAAUCUUUCAGACAAUUUUUGUAGGAGUUGUACUUGGUCUGAUAUAUCUCCAUGAUAACAAUGAUUAUGAUCAAAAACGAGUGGUCAACAUCAAUGGAGUGCUUUUCUUAUUGCUGACCAACAUGAGCUUUUCAAACAUGUUUGCUAUCCUGAAUACAUUCCCUAUGGAAUUACCUAUUUUCUUACGAGAGCAUGGCAGUGGUUUAUACAGAGUAGAUACAUAUUACCUGAGUAAAUCUAUAACAGAACUACCAUCUUUAAUUAUUCUUCCUGUAUUGUUUACAUCUAUACUUUACUGGAUGGCAGGUUUAUAUUAUAAUGUUGAAUCUUUUCUGAUUUGUUGUGGUAUUGCUAUACUGGUGGCUAAUACAGCAGCAUCAUUUGGAAUGAUUAUAUCAACACUGUCCAGUUCAGCAAACAUGGCAUUAGCAGUAGCACCACCAUUAUUGAUACCAUUGAUGUUGUUCGGUGGGUUUUUUGUACAAAAUGAUACCAUUCCAGACUGGUUACUUUGGUUGAAGUAUUUGUCCUGGUUCCAAUACAGUAAUGAAGUUCUAUCAAUAAAUCAGUGGAGCGAUAUAGAUCAUAUAGAAUGUAAAAAUGUUACUGUGGCAGUGAACUCAACUGUAGGCAAUCCUUCACGGUGCUUUACUUCAGGAAGUCAAGUUAUAGAGUCUCUUAGCUUUGAUGAGGACAACUGGUAUUUAGACUUUGGACUGAUUUCAGCAUUGUUUGUUGGAUUUAGGAUUGUUUCCUUCAUCAUUCUAGUUAUACGAGCCAAAAGAUCUAGUGCUUAAGUAUGAAAAGAAUUCCUGUUUGAGAUGGUUGUGUGCCAAUGUAAGAAAUGAAUUAUCGGAUUAGAGAAAAGUUCCUGAAAUUAAGAAUUUAUAUACUGGGACAGUACAUUUUCAAAGAUUGUGUGGUUCAUCAGUACCUUAAAUUCUAAUAUCCAACAUGAUGCAUAUAUUUCAUUGAUUUGAUAUAUGUGAAGUCUGAGACAAUAGUUUGGAAAACCUUGCUUUGUAAUGAUUGUUCCACAAUCUCAUAAAGAAAUUACCUUUACAAUAUUUCUAUGAUAUAAAGAAUUUAAAAAUGAUAUCGAGAAAAUGCCAUUCUUACCUUGUUUACAGUUGAAUGUGUUACUUAGAUAACACUUUCUGUAAGUGAUUUAUACUCAUAUUAGAUUUUAUAAGAUAACACUUUCUGUAAGUGAUAUAUACUCAUAUUAGAUUUUAUUUCUACUAUUUACCUUGAAAUGAAUAGGUCAGUUUUAUUGAGAUGAGACCACUAGACAGCAUGGUUUACUAUUUACUUCUAUAAGUCAUAUUUAACAGUUAUUGUUUUAAUUUAAAAGUUUUUAGAAAUUGAAUACAUUUUAUUUGUUGAUGUUGGCUGUCAUCUUUUGUAUGUGAUGUUUACAUGACUGACACAUGUUUGAUUUUAUGAAAAUCAUUACAUUUUUUAAUCUUGGUAUUUUUCUGUACUGUUUAAUAAAUUGUACAAUAUUUUGUUCAUAUUAUAUUCAUGGUUUUUAUUAUUUCUUUGUAAUACUCAAGUUAAUGUUAACAUUUCAAAUGUAAAAUUUGUGGUUGUGAUUAUUUACGAAGUUUUUUAUUUUUAUUUCAAGUUUGUCUUUGUCGUAUCAGCAUGUCAAUUGGUUGUCUUUGUUGUAUCAACAUGUCAAUUAGUUGUCUUUGUUGUAUCAGCAUGUCAAUUGGUUCUCUUUGUUGUAUCAGCAUGUCAAUUGGUUGUCUUUGUUGUAUCAUCAUGUCAAUUGGUUGUCUUUGUUGUAUCAGCAUGUCAAUUAGUUGUCUUUGUUGUAUCAGCAUGUCAAUUGGUCGUCUUUGUUGUAUCAGCAUGUCAAUUGGUCAUCUUUGUUGUAUCAGCAUGUCAAUUCGUUGUCUUUGUUGUAUCAGCAUGUCAAUUGGUCGUCUUUGUUGUAUCAUCAUGUCAAUUGGUUGUCUUUGUUGUAUCAGCAUGUCAAUUGGUUGUCUUUGUUGUAUCAGCAUGUCAAUUGGUUGUCUUUGUUGUAUCAGCAUGUCAAUUGGUUGUCUUUGUUGUAUCAGCAUGUCAGUUAGUUGUCUUUUAUUUGGCAUUUUGAAUGAAUUUUAUACAAUAAUGUAACAAACUAUUCUUUGAAAGUUAGUUUAUUUAGAGUAAUAAGCAGAGGUCAUCCAGAAGUGUGUUAUAUGUACUAUUGGAUUAUCUCCCUUUAUACACAGAAAUUAUCAGUAUCAUUAGACAAAUUACUGUAGCAAGUACAUAUUCAGCCAGAUAAUUCAGACGAAAUGUGAAACAGAUUCAUACAUCAUUAUGCCAAGUAUAAAAUUCAUUUAAACACACUACUGUUAGAAUAUAGAAUUAGUUUAAUACACAAAUAUAAAAUCAGUCAUAUGUGUAAGUUACUUUUCCUUAUGUAUCUUUAUAUCAAAUAAUAAUAUAUUUUUUCUGUGUAUUAUAAAAAGAACACAACUUUCUUGAAAAUUGUAAAUGAAUUUAGUUUAGGGGUUUAUAUCAUCAAAACUCAACCUAGCUGCUUGUACUGAAAAUAUAUCUCAAUCAUCUUUUCAAAGUAUAAUUAUAUAAUAUAUACUUCUACUUUAACCUUGAAUGAGUUUAAUUCUUAUGAAAACCCUUAUGUUAAGGAAGGAAGUAGGUAAAAAGGAUGGGGCUAUCAUGUAAUAAUUUUUUUGUUUGUUUGGAUAUCAUCUUUAUUGUUAGUCAUAAUCCACUCAUAAUAAAGUUUAAGGUUUACUCUAAUCAAAGCCUUGGAUGAAUUCAAUUUUUAUUUUGCAAAGAUAGAAAAAGAAGAACCAUUUUUUGAAGAGGAAAACUCUUGGUGUGGUCUUUUACUUUUCAAUAUUUUAUAUGUUUCCUGUUAUCUUUUUUAUGUGCUAUUGUGUAAAAUAACAUGUACAAGUAUGAAUGUUAUUAUUGAUGUGAUGUGUAAGCUUUGGAUACUGAUUAAGCUGACAACUAUAGAACUCCUGUUCCUAAUAAAUUGAAAAGUCUAUUAUAUCAUUACUUGUACUUUGGUAAAUUUAUAUAAUUUCGGUUCAGUUGGAAGAGGCAGAUCCUCCAUCUCUCCAACAAAUAUGUAUGAAGAGGUUCAAAUUGUUUUAAAAUGAUUUUAAUAGGAAAAUUGAUAUUUGCAAACGGCAAAUUUCAUAGAUUAAGACAUGAAAUUGGAUGUCAAGCUUGUCUGGCUACAAUCUGGGGUACAAUUGACAAUAUAAUUAGCAAAUUGCUUCUACCUUUCAAUCAAAAGUGUGUCAAAAUUAUGUUUCGAUAGCUGUAAAUCAUUCAAUUAGGAGCAAAUUAUUGAACUUCCUGUCCAGGUAGAAUUUCUAAUUUGCCGUUUUUCAGAGGAAAAUCUAGCAUUUUAGACAUUGGAAGUCUUAUGACACUAGAAAACGGGUCCUUUGUUGAAAUUCCGGGUUAUUUGAUAACCAGGGCGGGUAUUGAAAAAUCUAGGGUGAGCUAAUACUGGUCAUUUGACAAAUAUGUAUAAAGUACACCACUAUUGUCAAGUCAGUCUAUCAUACUCUUUAAUUUGUCUUUUUCAUUUUCGGUAAAAAUAAUUAAAGGAUUUUCCUUUAUUAAUUACAAAAAAUUAUUAGAAUUUUGUCUCAUUUUCUACAAUUUACAACUUCUUGAUGUCAAACUUCUGUGUAUUUAUGUAAAACAUUUGGUUACCUGCUGUAAUCAUAAUAUUUACUCUUCAAAGUAAUGUCAAUAUUUAAAUUCUUCAUUAAUUUUUACUUUGCAUUUAUAUGUAGUCUACUUGAAUUUUUAAAAUAUUGACUUUUAGUUCAGGAAGAUAUUGUUGAUGCCAAGUUUGACCUAAGAAAAUUGUUUUAUGGAUCAUAAUUUUUAUAAGAAUGCAUAUUUAUCUAUGAUAUGAUUAAUAAGUGAUAUUACAGUUUAACAUAAUAAUUUUGGUUUUUUAAUGUUAUAGAAAUAUUUUAUGAUUAAAAAUUAUAAUUUUCUUGUU